GACUGUUCGGAACAGAGCACAGAAGAACAUGCGAAGACACGAGUCUUCACUUCAUGAGCAGAGAUUCGUUGCUUCAUUUGCUCUACCACUACCACCCAUCUCAGCCACCGGCGGCGACCUCAGAUGGGCACCCGGGCGCGCCGCGCCACCCAUCACCGCGCUCACCUCCGCCUCCGCCACCGCCACCUUCUCCUCCUCCUCCCGCUGCUGCUCCUCCUCCUCCUCCCGCCCCUCUCGGCGCUCCUCCUCCGCCGCGCCAACUCCCUGGGCCGCCGGUGCCUGCCCCCCGCCGCCGGGCGCCGCCCCCUCGCCGGGCAGCGGCUCAGCUUCUCCAUCGUCACGCUCUCUGACGAGGGCCUGUCGGGCCGAGGGGUGCGGGGGCGGUCUUUCCGCGGCGUGCUGGCGGCCACCGCGCGGAACAAGCGCGCCUACGCGGCCGCGCACGGGUACGGCCUCGCCGCGCUGCCCCACGGCGCGGUCGACCCCCGCCGCCCGCCCGCCUGGAGCAAGGUCCUCGCCCUCCGCGCCCGCCUGCGCCGCCACCACUGGCUCUUCUGGAACGACGCGGACACGCUGGUUACCAACCCCGACAUCGCGUUGGAGGAGAUUUUGUUCUCGGUGAUUGGGCAUAGUGAUUUCGAUGCAUCGCCUGAUCUCAUUCUGACAGAGGAUAUCAACGGGGUGAAUGCUGGACUGUUCUUCAUAAGGAGGUCGAAAUGGAGUGAGAGAUUUUUGGAUACAUGGUGGAACCAUACAUCAUUUGUACAAUUUGGUUCCACAAAAAGUGGGGAUAAUGCAGCACUGAAGCAUAUUGUGGAUCACUUGUCACCUGAAGAAACACAAGCACACGUCCGUAUAGCAAAGAUGCAGUGCCUUUUCAACUCAUAUCCCUGGGUUGCUACGUGGAAAUCAGUUCACCGCCUGAUCUUCCACCCGUCCACUACAUGGAAAGGGGCUUAUUCAGAUGGAGAUUUCAUGGUCCAUUUUGCUGGCCUAAAUGACAAGCGAGGCUGGACAUCAAGAAUUCUUAGAGAGAUGACUCACUGAUGAGGAUAAUUACCCCACUUUAAGCUGACUGAGAACGAUCGAGAAGUUUAUGUGAAGAGCAAGAGCCUGAUUGUUUUUGCAUCAUAUUCUGUUGUAGACUGCCAUUUUAGUUGGACAGCAUGUUCCGUUUCUGAUCAUCUGUUAUUAAAAGGUUGUCUCCCCCUAACUACUUCUGCAAACCUCUCAUCCAGCCAUGUCAUAAAAAUACUCGACAUUCAUUUCUGGACAGCUCUUAUGCACAGGUGUUUGAUUCAGAAGCACAACACAGUCAUCUGCCUCCAUUAAUACCUCGCCAAUAUCCACCGAUCUCUCACAUCCAACAGAUCAACAUCACAACACGACAUCAACCCACCAAGGCUUCUCUGCCAUCACCGGGGAAUGUGGAGCUGCUGCUGCUCUACGACUUACUAUGUGGUUAGUGUAAAAAGUGGCAGCAUUGGACCUUGGCAUGCCACUGACAUUCUUGAGAGGCACCUGUUGUCGUCCACUUGUGUCUGUUUGCGAAUCUGCAGGAAUUUUUGCCAAUUGAAAUGGGAACUUGAACGGUUCAGGCUCAACUUGUCGGUUCAUUCAACCUUUUGGUGUUAGGUUUGGCAGUAGAAGAGAUGUAGAUCACAUCCUGAGAACCCUCACUGCAGCCUGGGCAGGCAAUGCAAAGUCUGUGAGUUAAAUGUCACUAAUUAAACUCCACAUCCAUCUGACCUCUAUAUGGGUGUUUUUGCCACCAUCUAACUCCCUCCCCUCAUUCAUCUCCCUUUGAUUUUCAGUUGCAAUCCCCACCCGUACAUCUACUCGUGCAGUUAAUUUCACAACAGGGCAAAAUAUCCGAAUCGGUUGGUUACUUGUAUUAGCAGCACACCUAAUCCUGACAGUACGUGAUUUCAAAAAUCAUCUUUUACCGCCUGUUGUGUAUAUCUGAAUGUCUAUUGUACUGCUCUGAGAGAUUUAUUUAUCCAACGAUAAAAGUGUGGUGCCAGUGCCGCACGGUUACGGACCAUGCUAGUAUCUUGCUUGUGCUUGCAUCCAUUACAUUGCUGCCAUCAUCCCAUGAAAAUUCUCAUAUUAGUGUACUAUUUUCACAAGUUUCUGUUGUCUAAUCUCCCUUUAAAUUUGCUUCGGUCCUUCUGGAUUCGUUAAAUUGCGCGACUGAAACGCAAAAUGUCAGUGCUUCUCUGUGGGGGCCUCUGAACUAGACUCGAUUUUCACAUGGUGUUGAAGCUACAUCCAUCCCCACCCACCUGGAGAACGGCCCCUGGCUUGGUGCGGUCGGAUCUGGCGAGCUGGCCGGAUCUGGCGCCCUGGCGGCUGGGGGUCAGGAGGCGGCUCGGCCGGCAACAAGGUCGGCGUUGCUGCUAACCAUAAACCGUGCGGGAGAAGCGUGGGAGAUGAAUGGCACCCUUGCUCGGUGUUGCAUCCUCCUGAAUCCUGAUGGUGGUUUGGAAAGCUCGAUGCUGCUGCGGGUGGGAGAACGAGAUGGUGGUGGCUGGAGGGAGAGGAAUGGCGUCGUUGUGGUUGUUGCAUCCUUCGUCGGGAGAUGAAUGGCCCAUAGACGUUGCAUCCUCGAGGAGACGAAUGGCGUCCUGCUUGGUUGCAUCCUUCUGAUGGGAGAAGAAUGGCGCCGUUGUGGGAGUUGCAUCCUCCGUCCAGUGGGGACGUAGAUGCAAGGUUGGAAGCACGUCAUGCUUGCCAGGGAGGUGCGGUUGGUCGUGGAGGCAGGGGUAGUGGUUUGGUGUGUAGGCUGAUUGGAUCCUGGGCUCGAGCUGUGUAGGUGAGACGGCCGGCGAAAUCCGGUUGUGGCCGGAGUCGUCGAUGGCGGCGCUUUCUGGCGUCGCUCCCUCGUUGGAGGCAUCGAUGUAGCUGCUUCCACCUUGCCUUUCCUGUCGUGCUCCAGGGGGAAACCCUUGAUCUAGUGUAGAUCGGACGAUGGCGGCGCUAUCUGGCGUCGUGUUUCCUCUUGGGGGCAUCGUCUUGGAGGUGGAUCCGGCCAGAAGGACCCGUGGCUCGUGAAGAUGUGUGUGUUGUAUGCCGAACGAUGCUGUUUGUAUGGUUUUUGGGUCAAGUUUCCCUCGUAAACUGGACCAACAUUCUUCCCCUGAUCAAUGAAUUUGGUAGCAACUAAAAAAAUCCCCACCCACCACCCAAUGCGACUCUUUCUUGCUCCUCUUUUCAGUUUAUCUCGCUUGCUUUUUCCCCAGGAUCUGAAACCAGAACCAAAUUUAGUGGUGACUAGCUUUCAGCUUUUGAUCCCUGAGCGCACGCAUAUGUGGCUGGUGAAAGGAGUGGAGGAGAUGAGAAUGAGAAAGUAUUCCCAGUGCUCACUGAUUGCCGCCGUACGUCGAAUGGAACCGGAGAAAGGAGUGGCUGGAGAUCACGGGCGCAUACACCGUCCAUGCCGUCGGAAUCGCAUUCCCCUCCCACUCGCCUCCUCUUUAUAUCGCGUCCCUCACAACUUCUUCUCCGCCCCAACACACACACACACACACACACACACACACACACACACACAAGGGCCUUCCUCGUGAAGCAGAGCUCGAUCGGCUCCGAGAACCUCGCACAAAUGUUCUAGUUACGAGUGGUAAGAUCGAGAAAAUGCUACUAGUCUCUAAUCUAAUUGUUGGCAUGUUUUAGGUCCCAGGCCAUGAUCAGAGACAUAUCUUCCCGUACAUCGUGGGCGAGGAUGAGAACAUGACGAUGAGCUUCCCGACGAGGAGCCGGCGUUUUUGCCGGUUGAACGACCUCACCAUGUCGACCGCCUCUUCCUCGACAAGUGCCAGGGAGAUCUGCUCGUGCCAUGAUGAGGUCGUUCAACCAGCAAAACAACGGCGGUCGUCGUCGGCGGCAGGCCCCGUGGCGCCCAAGCCCUCACGGGACACUGAGGCGCAGGACCUGCAAGGUGGUAGGAGGUGGACACCUUUAGGCACUCGUCAGUGACCAUCAUGUUCUUUAGAACUGGGUCUCACCCCGUUAGCUAGGCCUGCAAGGAGUGCAGUUAGCCCACCCUCGUCUGGCCAGCCGGCGUCAGCGGUGGCGACCACAUAGCCGGCAAAGCGCGCCUCGCCGUUCACCUCGAGGACGUCGUGGAAUGGACGGUACCUCUCCAUGGCGUCGUGUGGGCCUGCGGCAUAGCAGUUGGUUCUGCACAUGAAGUAGUGAGUAUACGGAAGACGAAAACAGGCUCCGAGAUGGUACCCAUGGUUUGCUCUAGCUGGAGCCUAUUAGUUUUUCUAUGAUUUGUUUGUGUGUCGUCUGAUUGUGCCAAUGUGUUCUCGUUUACGAGCCUGCAGUGAUCUACCUAUAUUAGGAACUUAUUGUUCCACGAACUGUAGGAUUAUUUGCCAACUGAAACUGGAACUUGAACGGUUCAGGCUCAA